AUGGAUUGUGGCUCCAAAGGGGCUACUGCUGACCCAGAGCUAGGUCUCUGGACUGCAGGGAUGAGGAAGCCUCGGAGGAGGUGCCGGCAGAGUGUGGAGGGGAGGCGUUCGCCCUCACCCUACAGCCUUAAGUGCUCACCCACCCGGGAGACACUGACCUAUGCUCAGGCCCAGCGGAUCGUGGAGGUGGACAUUGAUGGGCGGCUUCAUCGUAUCAGCAUCUACGAUCCCUUAAAGAUCAUCACAGAGGAUGAGCUGACUGCCCAGGACAUCACAGAGUGCAACAGCAACAAGGAAAACAGUGAGCAGCCCCUUUUCCCUUCCAAAUAUAAGAAAACCCUUUCCAAAGGCAAGAAGAAGGAGUCCUGCUCCAAACAUGCACCAGGGACAUCUUUACACUUACCCCAGCCCAACUUCCGUGUGGUGGACUCCUUCAGCCAAGCAGAGGCUCCUCCUCUCCCUGCCGCCUACUACCGGUACAUAGAGAAGCCUCCUGAGGACCUUGAUGUAGAGGUGGAGUAUGACAUGGAUGAGGAGGAUCUGGCAUGGCUGGAAAUGGUCAACGAGAAGAGAAGGGAUGAUGGUUAUGGCACAGUUUCUGCUGACACUUUUGAGCUGCUGGUGGAUCGGUUGGAAAAGGAGUCAUACCUGGAGAGCCGGAACAACGGGGCUCAGCAGUCCCUCAUUGAUGAGGAUGCCUUCUGCUGUGUCUGCAUGGACGAUGAGUGUCACAACAGCAACGUCAUCCUGUUCUGUGAUAUCUGCAACCUGGCUGUGCACCAGGAGUGUUACGGCGUGCCCUACAUCCCUGAGGGGCAGUGGCUUUGCCGCUGCUGCUUACAGUCCCCUUCUCGCCCUGUGGAUUGUGUCCUUUGCCCAAACAAAGGUGGAGCCUUCAAGCAGACCAGCGACGGCCGCUGGGCCCAUGUGGUUUGUGCCAUCUGGAUCCCGGAGGUCUGCUUUGCAAACACUGUGUUCCUGGAGCCCAUUGAAGGGAUAAAUAACAUCCCCCCGGCUCGGUGGAAGCUCACAUGCUAUAUCUGCAAGCAGAAGGGCAUGGGAGCUGCUAUCCAGUGCCACAAGAUGAACUGUUAUACUGCUUUCCAUGUCACCUGUGCCCAGCGGGCUGGUCUCUUCAUGAAGAUUGAACCCAUGAGGGAGACCAGCAUCAAUGGCACGACGUUCACCGUGCGCAAGACCGCCUAUUGUGAGAGUCAUUCCCCACCAGGGAUGGUGAAAAAAGGGUCUCCAGCUGCUGGUGCUGAGGGGCAGGAGGCCUCUGUGGAGAAGGAGGCAGAGGGGGAAACCAAUUCCAGCCCUCCCAAAGGGUCUCUGAAAAAGAACCAAUUGAAAUUGAAGCAGAAGAUCAAGAAGGAGCUUGGUGAUGUGACCAAUGGGCACUCGUCUGUGCCCAUGGUGACAGUCACACAAAUUCCCUCUUAUAGGCUCAACAAGAUCUGCAGCGGCCUCUCCCUCCAGAGGAAGAACCAGUUCAUGCAGAGGCUCCACAACUACUGGCUGCUGAAGCGCCAGGCGAGGAAUGGGGUGCCCCUGAUCCGGCGCCUGCACUCGCACCUCCAGUCCCAGAGGAACGCGGAGCAGAAGGAGCAGGAUGAGAAGACCAGCGCAGUGAAGGAAGAGCUGAAGUACUGGCAGAAACUGCGGCAUGACUUGGAGCGGGCGCGGCUGCUCAUCGAGCUGAUCCGUAAGAGGGAAAAACUCAAACGGGAGCAGGUGAAGGGUCAGCAGUUUCAGCAGGCUGCCAUGGAGCUACAACUCACCCCUUUCAACGUACUUCUGCGCACAACACUGGACCUGCUGCAGGAGAAGGAUGCUGCCCAGAUCUUUGCAGAGCCUGUUAACCUGAACGAGGUUCCAGAUUACCUGGAAUUCAUUUCCAACCCAAUGGAUUUUUCCACCAUGAGGCGGAAGCUGGAGUCUCACCUGUACCGAACAUUGGAUGAGUUUGAGGAAGACUUUAACCUUAUAGUUACCAACUGCAUGAGGUAUAAUGCUAAAGACACGAUUUUCCACCGAGCAGCUGUCCGGCUCCGAGACCUCGGAGGAGCGAUACUGCGCCAUGCACGGCGGCAGGCUGAAAGCAUCGGCUUUGACACUGAUGUGGGGAUUCACCUGCCUGAGUCACCCAAAACCGAGGACUUUUACCGCUUUUCUUGGGAGGAUGUGGAUAACAUCCUCCUCCCAGAGAACCGGGCUCACCUCUCCUUGGAGGCCCAGCUGAAGGAGCUUCUGGAGAAGCUGGACAUGGUGAGCACCAUGCGGUCCAGCGGUGCCCGGACGCGACGUAUCCGGCUUCUGAGACGGGAGAUCAACUCCAUUCGGCAGAAGCUGGCCCAGCAGCAGAACAAGACCAUGCCCAAUGGGGAGCCUGUGCUGAGGGAAGAGGGGCUGGAUAAAACACCAAGGGAUGGGGAUGAGGAAGGGGAGAAAGAUGAUUCCAAGCCCCCGCACCCUCCAACCCUGGAGCCCACAGGACCUGCACCCUCCCUCUCAGAGCUGGACUCUCUACAGGACCCUCCAAAACUCAAACCCAUCAGUGAAAGCAAGUCCUUGAACCAGCUGCAGAAGAGGGUGGUGUCGGACAGGGAGCUCUUUGACAAGAAGGCUCUGCAGCGGGAGAGCCAAGCCUUCCAGCGCCUGCUCAGUGACAACGGGCUCAACGGGCUGGCCUUGCCCCCUGCAGACACCCCCUCCAGCCCUGCCUUCAGUGGUGUGGGCCGACGGACAUCUGUCCUGUUCAGAAAGGCUAAGAAUGGAGUGAAGCUGCAGAGGGGCCUGGACUGCUCUCUGGAGAACGGGGAGGACCAGCAACUUUCACCCUCCCGCCCCGACGGGGAGCAGCAAGCCCGGAAGCGGCCUCAGAGCAGGACCUGCAGUGAGAGUGAUGGAGAGAAGUCACCCAGGCAGGCAGGACAGAGAGGAGUGACCAAUGGCUUUGUGAAGCACACAGAGAGUGGCUCUGACUCCGAGUGCAGCUCUGGCCUGGGCAGUGGGCUGGUGUUUGAAGCCUGCAGUGGUUUGAUGCCUCCCAAGAGGAGUCGAGGGAAGCCGGCUCUUUCUCGAGUGCCCUUCUUGGAUGGUGUGAAUGGAGACUCUGAUUACAGCAGCUCAGGCAGGACUCUCCUGAUGUCUUUUGAAAAUCAGGCUGAGCUGGAGCCCUUGGAGCUCGUGUGGGCCAAGUGCCGUGGCUACCCCUCCUACCCUGCCUUGAUAAUUGAUCCCAAGAUGCCACGUGAAGGUUUGCUCCACAAUGGGGUCCCCAUCCCAGUUCCACCCGUGGAUGUGUUGAAGUUGGGGGAGCAGAGGCAGACAGAGGCAGGAGAAAAGCUCUUCCUCGUCCUUUUCUUUGACAAUAAGAGAACCUGGCAGUGGCUUCCACGUGACAAAGUCUAUCCCCUCGGUGUGGACGACACAGUGGACAAGUUAAAGAUGAUGGAAGGACGGAAAACCAGCAUCCGCAAGUCUGUGCAGGUGGCAUAUGACCGAGCCAUGAUCCACAUGAGCCGUGUGCGGGGGGAUCAUCCCUUCCUUACAUCCAACUACCUGUAA